UAUGGACAGCGGUCGCCUCUUCGGAAAAUCUUACGAGGAGCUUCUCCACUCAGGUGACAGCACCAGCCAUGGAGAGCAAUCGUCCAGCAUGAAUGGUAGUCUGACUUUGUGGGACUUUUCGGACGGGACGAGCAGCGAUGAGGAGGAUUUGUUUACACCGCCUGCCRACGAGGUGCYGACACAGYAGUUGUCAACACCCUCCGUCCACGACAUCACUGGUGCUAGUGGCAGCAUGGCGAUGCAUCACACUCAUCUGACACCCCGCAAUCUCAUGGGAGAAGGGGCRUACGUCCAGGCGCAUGCAGCAGCGAACUUUGCAGCCCKCAAUCUCAUGGGAGAAGGGGCGUACGUCCAGGCRCAUGCAGCAGCGAACUUUGCAGCGCAGCACARCUCACCCAGUGCUCAAGCUUCAGGGCCUGUCAACCAGCCUCGCGGGCCUAUGGCGUCACCAGGUGUGCCGUCACAGUCGUGCAGUGGGCCGGCACUUUCCGCGGGCRRCCAUCCUCAKCCUGGGGGAGGCUCUACAGCGAGGAGCUUCGGGCAAGAAGGGGGUGUGGACGCAAGUCUUCAAACGGAGCGGGAAUGUGCCMCGGACGACGGGGAUGACGAAGAGGACGACGACGCAUCUGAACAVUCGGGUGCAGGAGGGAAGAAAACGAGGGGYWGUGGCUGGGAUCACAGCUUGACCAAUGCCCUUAUAGAAGCUAARCGGCURGAGGCGAUAGACCCCAACGGGCGCAAAUUCGAUAGCGGGCCAUUGAAGUGGGAAGCUAUACUUGCGGCGGUUAAGCGGAUAAGCGGGAGGGGAGGGGACAAAAAAGUUGCUUCCUGCAAGAAGAAGUGGAAUGCCUUGACCACAAAGUACAGGCARAUCGUAGAUUGGCACAAGAGGUCAGAGUUUGUCAUGACGAGGUGGACGCGGGAUGAUGAUGAUGAUGACGAUGAUGAUGAUUAUGAUGAUGGUGAUUAUGAUGAUGAUGAUCAGGAUGAUGAUGAUUAUGAUGAUGGUGAUGAUGAUGAUGAUGAUUAUGAUGAUGAUUAUGAUGGUGAUUAUGAUGAUGAUUAUGAUGAUGAUGAGGAGAAGGCGGACGUAGGAUGAUGAUGAUGAUGACGAUGAUGAUGACAAUGAUGUCGAGUGUCUGGAGCAAGAACAGAGCUCGCCUCUCCCCAACCCACGC